AUGUCUGGUGCCGGGUUUAUUAUUGCAUUAGGUGUUAUUAUUAUUAUUUUAACGGCAGUUGGUCUCAUUGGAGUCUAUAAAAGCCGUUUAAAUUUAUUAAAAAUUUUUAUUGGAUCAUUGAUUAUAAUAGUUUUACUUCAAUUGAUUGUUGCAAUUGCUACAUUUAGUCUUCGUAAUAAAGCUAAUUAUCAAUUACGUACAAGAUUAAUUCAAUCAUUAUCCAAUUAUAAAAAUGGAAAUCAAGAUAUUAUAACUGAAUGGGAUCGUCUUCAACAAACAUGGUCAUGUUGUGGUGUUGAUAAAGCUGAUGAUUGGAGUAAUUAUGGUCAACUUAGUGAACCACCAGCAUCAUGUUGUCUUAAUAAUGAUUGUACAAUACCAUCAAUAAAUGGUACGGCUUAUUUUAGUCGCGGUUGUUAUGAAUCAACUCUUAACCUUGUCUUUCAAUAUUCAAAAGCAUUAGGUGGUGUUUCAUUAUUUUUCUUUUUUAUUGAAGUUGCUGGUCUUGUCUUAGCUGUUUUUCUUCUUCGUGAUCUUAAAAAUAAUUAUGGAAGUGUUUAA